ACCUUCCACGUGACACACAACUACAGAGACCACACCACCACGGAAUACCUGAGAGGGACCGCACUGAGGUCCUGACUGCAGAGAGAGACUACCCCAGGCUGGCUAAGGACCUUCCCGUCUCCCCCCUGAGCACCUGGAGGCCAGGUACUAAAUGUGGAGGAACCCGAGUCUCAUCUGUUCAUCUGAAGAUCUACAAGAGGAGAGGAGAGCAGAGGAGAGUGUUUGAUGAUGAAGCUUCACCUGGUUUCUCCUUCCACUUGAGGAGAACAAGUUCUCCAGAAAACUGGAUGUCACGAGCGGAGGAAACAACAAAACAAAGUGAUUCACUAACUUGCCUCUUCGAUUCCUAAUCCAUCAAUUUGUCUAAAGAGGAUCUCUAUCUCUCUCUGUUCCUUUACACCAUCAACAUGAGUGCUGCCUUCUCCCACCCAUUCGUAGAUCAGCGGCCCACUUACCUUAACAGAGGCAGCAUCCUGCCAUAUGGACUGUCUCCCUCUAGUGGCCACUCUGAGAACCGCACCCACUCCCACUCCCACCACCUCCACUCUGACCCUCUGGCCCACACKGUGCCCUUCCUCCUCUACCCCACCACCAUGGAUCCUGGAGGCCUCUAUGACGCCUCGUUCCGGGGCCCCGGAGGCCCCACCCUGCUCCCAUACUUAUCUCCCUUCCACCAUGGACGCUUCGGGGUGUACGAAUGCCCCUUCGAGCCGGCGUUUCUCCAGAAGAGGAACGAGCGGGAGCGUCAGAGAGUAAAGUGUGUGAACCAGGGCUAUGCCAAGCUGAGGGACCACCUGCCAGGGGGCGCCAGUGAGAAGAGGCUCAGUAAAGUGGAGACACUCAGGGCAGCGAUUCGUCAUAUUAAAUACCUGCAGGGUCUGGUGGAGGGGCAGGGGAAAGGGAGAGAGGGGCAUGAGGAGGAACAGGCAUGCCACAGCCCCAGUUCUGCUCAAUGUAGGACAGAGGACUCGGGACACAGCGAUGGCGGGUCAACUCGCUCUCUCUCACACUCUUCCAGUAUCUCCCCGGGGGUAGACUGUGGGGAGACAGAGGGCUCUGGGACCUAGGGGAUUAUGGGUAGUGUCGUUUGUUUGAGGGACUGUGGAUGGACAUUUGUAGAAAGGGUGUGAGUACCCCCCUCUCCAAGGACUGCUCACCACAACAUCACACCCUGAGCACAAAGAUAAAUAAUGUAAUACUUUUCUGCUUGAUACUGUGUUAUGUAUUGGCAAUGUGUAUUGUUUUGUGACACUAAAAUGUUGUACCAAACCACUUUGUAAAUCUGAUUAUGUAUAAAAAAAUACACUUCUGAUUUUAAGAUAAACACCUGAAUCUCUGAGAGCAAUGAAUUCAGUAAGUAUGCAAUGUUUAUUGUAUUUCGAAAUGAGAAACUGAUCACCGUAGCGACACAUUAUGGUUUGUUAUCAAAAUAUGCUGUCGUUCAUUUUAUUACAGCACAUGACAUCUUUUGGGAAUUUCAGUGUGAUAUUGAGUGAAA